UUCCUGAGCCAGUCCGAAGAACAUACUUAGAGAGAGCCAACUGCCUCCCGCCGCCCCUGUUCAUCAUCCUCAUCAGUCUGGCUGAGGUGCCUGCAGAAGCCAGAGUUAUUGGAUCCCUCCUGGAGCUGAAGUUACAAAUGGUUGUGAGCUACCUGAUAUGUGUACUGAACUCUGGUCCUUUGGAAGAGCAGUGUAUGCUUUUAUUCACUGAAUCAUCUCUUCAGCAUCCAUGUUUCAGAAUAUUUCUGAGUUGUUUUUUAAUUAUGUGUAUAUAUGUGUGGGAAUGGGGCGGGUUGGGCAUGUGAGUGCACAUACCCUUGGGUGCCAGAAGGGGGCGCUGGAUUCCCUGGAGCUGGAGUUAAGCAGUUGUAAGCUGUAUGAUGUAGAUGCCAGGAACUGAAUUCAGGCCCUUCCCAGUUGCAGUGUAUGUACCCUUGAUGGCUUAGCCAUAUUUCCAGUUCCAAUUUUGGAAUAUUUGUAUAGACUUUAGUGCUCCCAAAUCUUAAACGUUGGGUGUAAGGAGAUAGUUCAGUCAGUAAAGUACUUCCCAUGCAGGCAUGUGGACACGAAAUCAAUCCUCAGAGCCCAUGUAAAGGAGCCAGGAGUGGUGGUUUGUGCUUGAAUCCUAGCACUGGUGAGGUGGGGACAGGUGGAUAGACCCCCGAGGCUUGCUAGCUAGCCAGCCUAGCCUACUGUUUGAACUUCAGGUCACUGAGAGUCUCUGUCUCCAAAAGCAAAGUGUGUGGCACCCGAGGAAGGACACCUGAGGUUGACCUCUGGGUUCCACAUGUAUGUGCACACACAUGAGCACUGGCAUAUACACACAAACUAAAACUUGCUUUUAACAGUUUUAUUUUUUUAAUGUAUAUGGUGUUUUGCCUGCAUAUACAGAGCUAUGCACCACGUGUGUGCCUCACGCCCUCAGAGGCCAGAAGAAGGCCAUAGAUUCCUUGUCACUGGAGUUAGAGACGGUUGUGAGCCACUCUGUCGGUGCUGGGAAUCAAACCUGGUCCUCUGGAAGAUCAGCCAGUGCUCUUAACCCCUGAGCCAUCUCUCUAGAUUUCUAAAACAUUUUGAAGUGUCAUGUUGAUGCUCAAAAACUGAAAAAUUUGGAGCAUUUGGAUAUCAUAUUUUGUAACCAGGAGGCUGAAGUUGCACUCUUAACUAAACUCCAGACUUAGAUUUGAUCCUUUUUCCUCACUAAUGUCCUCUUUCUCGUCCUCUGGUCCUUCCAAUACAGGGUUUCACACUGCGUUAAGUUGUCCUGCCUCCUCAGGCUCCUAUGAUUCAUGGCAACUUCUCAGUGGUCUAUGAAGACCCUGAUAAAGAUGAAGUAUAUUGGCCAGCUGGCUGUGUUUAUUUAUUAUGCGGUGUGGAAGCCACAGAAGCAGUGGAUCACCCUGGACACGGGGAUCUUGGAAAGUCCCUUGACGUACUGCCCUGAGAAGAGGGAGGAAGCCUGGAGGUUUAUCUCAUACAUGCUGGUCCAUGCCGGAGUCCAGCACAUCGUGGGGAAUCUUCUUAUGCAGAUCGUCCUGGGUAUUCCUUUGGAAAUGGUCCACAAAGGCCUCCGAGUGGGGCUGGUGUACCUGGCAGGAGUGCUUGCAGGUUCCCUGGCCAGCUCCAUCUUUGACCCCCUCAAGUCUCUUGUGGGAGCUUCAGGAGGAGUCUAUGCAUUGAUGGGAGGAUAUUUUAUGAAUGUUAUAGUGAACUUUCGAGAAAUGAUUCCUGCCUUUGGAAUCGUCAGACUACUCGUUAUCAUUCUGAUAGUUGCGUCAGACAUGGGAUUUGCUCUCUACAGAAGAUUCUUUGUCCCUGCAAAUGGGUCUCCGGUGUCCUUUGCUGCUCACAUUGCAGGUGGAUUUGCUGGGAUGUCCAUAGGUUACACUGUGUUCAGCUGCUUUGACAAGACCCUGCUCAAAGACCCCAGGUUCUGGAUCGCAAUUGCUGCAUAUGUAGCUUGUCUCUUAUUUGCUGUGUUUUUUAACAUCUUUCUGUCCCCAGCAAACUGACUUGCCUCUAUGAUAAACCAGUUAAUAUAAAAGUGUCACAUGGGACCAGGUGUGGUGGCACACGCCUUUAAUCCCAGCACUCGGGAGGCAGAGGCAGGCGGAUUUCUGAGCUUGAGGCCAGCCUGGUCUACAAAGUGAGUUCCAGGUCAGCCAGGGCUACACAGAAAAACCCUGUCUCAAAACCCCCCCCCAAAAAAAAAACCAAAAAAAAAAAAAGUGUCACCGGGGGAGGGGAAUUGUAGACUCUGUAAAGAAACACAGAUAUUCCAGCAAAUGCUAAGAACAUUAUAAAGAAGGCAGGACAGCGACUGAGCUUACAAUAGGAGGCAAGAAGAUAAGAAGCAAAGACCAGGUGUUUCAUGCACAGAGCAUGUGUGUAUUACCCUGUGAAGGAGACUUGAUAUCCUCGGGGGAUGUAACUUGGAGGUUGUUUAUAGGCUCCAUGAGAACUGUACUAUCCUGAUAAUAAACAUUUUUUUUUCA